UACCUAACAAGCACGUUUGCUGGGUUUCUUUCGCGUAGCCGUUGCAGUGGGGAUUUUUCGUCGUCACUGAAUCUUCUCGGAAUUUUCUGAGAACGACCACAAGCAAUAGCACGAAAGUGUUGUCGAAACCUCGUUGUCAUCGUCCUAGAGCAUUCAAGAUGAGUAUUAUUCGUCGCCCCAACAAGCCGGCACCUCUUUUGGAGGAGGGAGGAGAGCAGAGCAGCACCGUGUCGACGGAUUCAUCGUUUGCUGGCAACGGAAAGCCAGCUCCCUCCACGUACCUUUCCCUGGAAGACUUGCCGGUCGGAGAAGGAGUCUUCUCGAAGAUUUGGGAAUUUGAUCCUACACCCGAUACCCUCAAGACACUGUUGACUGGCUUGACUGUGGCUGGUUUGGUGUACAUGGUUUUCUCGGUUUUCCUAUGGACUGACAUUGUCGGAGUGGAUGGAAGUUGGGACGAAAGUCACGGAUUCGAAAGGUAUUCCUUUUGGGCUUUUCCACAAUUGAUGGCUGUUGCCUUGGGGCUGCCAAGUGAGAGGUUAUACAACCUCCUCUUCUUGACAUAUGGAGCCUACUUCCUGCUUUUAGCGGCGGAUUUGGUGCUUGGUUCCGCAAGCAGCCCCAAUGACAAUCGCACCCAUCCAUGGCCAAAGUCUUGGAAGACCGACAACACAUUGUGUUAUCACGAUAUGUUCUGCGAACCUACGCGCUUUGGUCGACUCCUGAGACGACCUGGCAAUACUCUUUCCAACGUGAAUUACAUGCUGUCAGCCGCUUGCGUCUCAUUCUCCACAUUCUCGGGCAAUGAGAACGUUUUCUGGAUGGGUGAUGCUCUUUUUGGAGCAAUGCUCUUUCUGUUGGGCAUCUUCUCCAACCUGUGGCAUGCCAGCAAUGCUCCCUGGACUCAAUAUGCCGACUUAUGGUCCAUGGAUAGCUGCAUCCUCUAUCUCAUCAUCCGCCACGUUUGCUUUGGAGCGUUGUCCUUCAUGCUCAAGUCUGUGACAACCAACAGAGCCCUGGCCCAGCAGGUGGCUGGUAUGGCUAACUAUGUGAUUUUUGCCGCUGUUGUGUUUGCUCUGGGCAAGUUGCAAUGGGCUUUGUUUCAAAAGGGAUGGCUGCACAGCCAAUGUCCUUUCUCUGCCCGUUCUCGGCUGCAUGGCAAGAGUUGUUUCUUUGGAGGAGGGCAAUUGGAUUGCCAUGUCACAACCAUUUGUUACUUUGCUGCCAUGCCCGUGGGCUACACCGCCGUUCCCACUUUGAUUCAGGUAUGUUUGAUAGGAUCAACGGGAUCUGUGUCAGCCGCCAAUUGGGCUUUUUGGAGCUUGAUCAUCGGCUGGAUCUACCGGCUCUGGGACCGAUGGGUGCUAGAUGGAUGCGUUUUCAUGAAAUACUUUACGGCUCCCGGCAAACCAACUCUAUUCCAUACCAUUGGGGCUGCACUCUUCUCUCCUACUGCUUCUUUGCACUUCUUCACCGGAAUCACGCUGCUGGCAGCAUACACCCAUGCGCGGUCAUUGGAAGAAUACGUCUGAUGGAUGCAUGCAUGGCUUUUGCGAUUGCACCAGUUUAGUUGUGGGGUAGGAAUUCUACCAUACAUGUAGCUCCCUUUUACAAGGGUUUAGUUUAUACAUGAGUUUGAUGAUAAUAUGUAAGUUGAUAGUGUUACAAUCAACAUCGCUUGAUGUGAACUGCCUGAGACAGACA